CUGAGACAGAGAGAAAGACAUGGCAGACCUGGUUGUUGGGUUGGCCAAGUCAGUGGUGGAGGGGGCGUUGACCAAGGCCCAGGUGGCCAUCGAAGAAGAGGCCAAGCUUCGGCAGAGCGCGCAGCGCAACCUGGUGUUCAUCACCGGCGAGUUCGAAAUGAUGCACUCGUUCCUCAAGGUGGCCGACGAGGAGCGCCUAGAGAACAAGGUGGUGAUAACGUGGGUGAGGCAGAUCCGCGAGCUGGCGUACGAUGUGGAAGACUGCAUCGAGCUCGUCAUCCACCUCGACAUGAAGAACAGGUGGUGGUGGCGCGUCGUCCCGUCCUGGUGCAUGGCGCUGCCGUUGCCGCUGGACGAGGCGGCCGGCGAGAUCGAGCAGCUCAAGGCGAGGGUGGAGGAUGUGAGCACUAGGAACACACGCUACAGCCUCAUCAGCGACACGGGAUCCAAGCCCGUCAUCCUGCAGCAGGAGCCGAUGGCAUCAAGCGCCGCCAUCGUCGCUGCAACCACGGCUGACAUGCUCGCCGAGGCAAGAGGUGCCACCAAGAGGCAGCAAGGAUUCAGCGACCUCACCCGGCUCAUCUCCAAGAAGAAGCAGGACCACGACAAUGGCCUUCAAGUCAUCUCGGUUUGGGGUGCAGCUGGCGACCACGGGACGACAUCCAUCAUCAGGAAGACCUACAACCACACAGAGAUAUGCCAAGAAUUCCCCUUCCGCUCCUGGGUGAAAAUCAUGCAUCCUUUCAAUCCGCACCAAUUCAUGCGCAACAUGAUGGCUCAGUUCCAUGCAACCUCUUGCAUGGAGCAAAGAGGAACCAUAGGCAGGGAUGUCUUUGAGAAGAUGGAAGCCACUCAACAAGAUCUCUUAAGUGAGUUUGAGCAGCUAUUCAACGAGAAGAGGUACCUCAUCGUCUUGGAAGGCCUGUCACACAUGGUAGAUUGGGAUGCUAUCCGGGCAUUCCUUCCUGACACCAUGAAUGGCAGCUGGAUCAUCGUGUCGACGCAGCAAUCCGAGAUAGCAACCUUGUGCAUCGGACACUCAUACCAGGUGGUGGAGCUUCGAAAGUUCUCGGAUGAGCACUCCAUUUGUGCCCUCUACAAGGCCUCUCAAGGCGAUGGGGCUAAAGACAAGAACCCAAUGGGUUCUGAUGGCGGUGAAGAUAAAGGCAAAGAACCAAUGGCUUCUCUCGAGAAAAUAAUUAGAGAGAAGAAAAUAAUGUCACUUAGAGAGGAAGCAGAUGAAUGGAAGCAGAAGAAUGAUGCCCUUGUUGGACGUGAGGCACGAAUGACUGAACUUGUUAAAUGUCUAGCUCAGGCACGUGUCAAUUCUCUCCCAGUGAUGUCCGUGUGGGGUAUAGCUCAAGUUGGGAAAUCAGCACUUGUCAAAAACUUGUUCUAUGACACAGUACUUCAGCUUCAGGGUGGAAACUAUGAGGAUUAUUAUUGGGUGGAUGUAUCCCAUCCAUUUAAUAUUAGAGACUUGUAUCUUAACUUGCUUUCAGAUUUUCAUUCGGAGAAAGAUCCAACUGAAGAGUGUCACCGUCUUCUGAAAAAAGGUUGGUGCCUCAUAGUUAUCGACGAUCUCCGGUCCACAAAGGACUGGGACAUGAUACAAGCUGCCUUGGUAUCCAAACAUUUAAAGAGUGUUGUCAUUGUUAUAACAACCGAUCCAACCAUUGCUGAAUAUUGCACAAAUAAAGAAGAACUUGUGUUUAAUGUCAAGGCUCUAGAAGCUGAUGCGGCCUUUGAUCUCUUCAAAAAGCAGGUACUUAAGAAGAGUUCAACAUACCCUUUGAAGGAUCAGGAGGCGGAUGUAAAAGACCUUAUUUCAAAGUGUGGCGGUCUUCCCAAAGUAAUAUCUGCUAUAGCUGGAUUACUGGCCACGAAGACAAACAGAAGGAUGGAAAUUAUUAAUUCUUUGAAUCAAAAAUUUAUGCACCGUCUGGAGACCGACCUGGAGUAUGAUAAUCUGCAAGAUUUAUUUGGCUGGAUGCACUCUUACUUCCGUACUUGUCCUGAUGCACUCAAGCCAUGUAUCUUCUACCUGUCGAUUUUUCCUCAAGAUCAAACCAUCCGGCGAAGACGACUGGUAAGGCGGUGGAUUGCAGAGGGUUACUCCAGGGACAGUGACAAUGAAUCUGCGGAGGAGAAUGGGGAGAAACACUUCUCUAAGCUCCUUGAAUUGAGCAUAAUCCAGCAGAUAUCAUCCGUCGACAGCUGUGCAUUCAGUGUGGACGAAGUUAGGAUGGUUAUGUGCCAGGUGAAUGGUUUCAUUCGAGAGUACGUCGUGUCACGGCGAAUGGAAGAGAAUCUUGUGUUCGAAUUGAGUGGAAAAUGUGCACUAACAACCCAACGCAACGGGCGUCACCUUGUCAUAUUGGAAAAGUGGAAAAGAGAUGAAAUUGUGUUUGCAAGCAUGGACUUCUCUCGGCUACGGUCACUAACAGUGUUUGGAGUGUGGGAGUCAUUCUUCAUCUCUGAAAGUAUGAAGAUGCUUCGUGUGCUUGAUCUAGAGAAUGCAGAGGCUUUAAAUGAUGGUGAUCUUGACAAGAUAUUUGAGUGGUUGCGUCGGCUCAAGUUCCUCUCAUUGCGAGGGCACACUGAGAUCAACCAUCUACCAGGUUCAUUACAUCAUCUGAGGCAGCUCCAGACACUCGAUGUGAGGGGCACCUCAAUAACCACCCUGCCAAAGAAGAUCACCAAGUUACACAAACUGCAGUAUAUUCGUGCCGGCAACCGCACCAUGGGCAUUGAACGAGCCGUUUCAUCCAGCAGCUGCAGCUGGUUGCCUGAGUUCUGCAGAUGUCAUCAUCCUACAAUCAGUGUUGAGGUGCCUACAAAGAUUGGGGAACUGACUGCGUUGCACACCCUUGGUGUUGUCAACAUCACUGCUUCAGGUGCAAAGAAUACUGUGAAAGAGCUCAAGAAGCUCACCCAGUUGCGCAAGCUCGGGGUGUUUGGCAUCAACGGGAAGAACAGCAGCAAUUUUUUCUCUGCAAUCGAAGAUCAUGCCCAUCUGGAGUCCUUGUCAGUUUCACUCAACAAGGACACCACGCGAGAUUGUUGCUUCAUCAGUAAGGACAACAACAGUCAAAGAUGCUUGGAUGACAUGAUCUCCCUGCCUUGUACAAACCUUCGGAGCCUUAAACUGUAUGGGCUUGAAGAUAAGUUGCCGAAAUGGGAGGGGGAGCAGCCUGUAAAGUUUGGAAAGCUCACAAAGCUGGAGCUGGAGAUGGCGUCUUUCCCAGAAGAUGUCAUAAGGUUUGUUGGCGGGCUUCCAGAACUAUGUAUUCUUCGUGUUAAGCAGCAUCAAGAUCGUCCCCUCAACUUCUGUGUCAUGGUGAAUGGAUUCGAGGAUGACUCCUACAAAAAGGUCAAGAUUCUCGAGAUUUCCUGCUCCAACAGUUUACCUGUGAGUGUGACUUUUGGAUCAUGGACAAUGAAAAAACUUGAGCUGCUCAAGGUUGACUGCUACGGUGGGUCACCGCCUUAUGAGUUCAGUGGCCUGGGAAACCUAGAAGAACUCAAGGAAGUCGUGCUAGUUAACGGCUCCAGCGCCCAAGCACUGAAGCAAGAACUCGAUCACCAGCUUGCCGAGGAGCACCCGAAAGAAAAGAAGCCUGUCGUGAAGCUGGAGCAACCACCACCUUCGUCCUGAAGGGUCAUCAAUCAUAGCAGUUUGGUUUGUUCCCCUUUGUGUUUUUACCAUACUAGCUCAAGAUCCAGUACGUCUAGAUUCAUUUGUGUAAUACACUUUUCUUCUACAUUGGCAUCAUUGUGAUAUGUGUUUAAUUAGUUGAGUGAAGGGCUCUGUUUAUUUCCCUUUUUUUCCAUUUUUGAACUACUUGCCAUUGUAAUUUCAUCUUGCCGGUUCCAUACUUGCUCAUAUAAUAGUGUAAUACUCUACUAGCUAUUUGUACAAGUUUCUGCUUAACU